AUGGGCAGCGCGUGUCUCUUCUGCUCUUCAGUGCUCUUCAUCAGCUUCUUCUGUUCAUCUGUCGAAAGCUAUCCAAGUCCACUGACAGAUUGUGAUGAUUAUGGAGAUUAUAUUCAGGGCUCGUCUCUGUUAAGCUCUCUGUGUGGUGUGGAGUGGAGGAAUCAGGAUCAGGAGCAGAUCCAGAAUGUCUUCAAGAGGUUUCUCUUUCACUAUUCUAAAGCACACAACUCAGUGGGCUCGGUGGAGAGAGAGUCUCACUCGGUUCAUCCGCUCAUGCGUCUCUCGCCCAGACUCUCUCCGCGCAGGAAGAAACAGCAGGUGUGA